AUGAAGGGUGCCAGCGAAACAGAAGAUGAGCCUCUGUGGAAGAUUCGGCUUCAGCUUUGCAAGCCAGUUACCUGGCCUCCACUCAUCUUUGGAGUCAUCGCAGGUGUAUGCGCCAGUGGCAACUUUGACUGGUCCACAGCAAGCCCAGAGGAAUAUGCCAAGUUCCUCUUGUGCGUCACUCUCUCUGGCCCAGUCCUGGUUGGCUACACGCAGACGCUGAAUGACUGGUAUGACAAGGAUUUAGAUGCCAUUAACGAGCCCUACCGGCCCAUCCCGUCCGGCCGCAUCACAGAAGAAGAAGUCUGGCAGCAGAUCUAUGUCUUGGGUGGGCUGGGCUUGGGAAUGGCGAUCACGCUGGACAUCUGGCAAGGGCAUUGGCCUCCAACUGUAUUUGCCGUGGCGGUUGUGGGUGUCUUCAUGGCCUAUAUUUACUCGGCCCCACCGCUGAAGCUCAAGCAAAACUGGAUCUCCGGCUGCUAUGCUCUGGGUUCCAGCUACAUAGCUCUGCCCUGGCUGGCCGGACAGUGCACAUUCGGUGAGGCAGAUUACGUGACACCGGAGAUCAUUGGCCUGACGCUGUGGUACUCAAUUGCUGCUGUGGGGAUCGCGAUCGUCAACGACUUCAAGAGUGUGGAAGGAGACACCAAACUGGGGCUUUCCUCCGCUCCGGUCGUCUUUGGAGUGGACACUGCAAAGUACAUGGCACCGAUCAUCAAAGACUCGGUCCAGCUCACAAUAGUCGGGUAUUUGUUCUAUAUUGGUGAGACAAACUAUGCGCUGGGGCUCCUUGCGUUGAUCGUGCCACAGGUCUACUUCGCGAUCACAUUGUUUCUUGAGGAUCCAAUCAAGAACGAUGUGAAGUACCAGGGUUCAUCAUUGCCUUUCUUCAGUAUUGGCACAAUCGUGGCAGCCUCCGCGAUCGGUGCUCGGAAGUGUGGCGGAGGGAAGUCCAUGUCACUCAUGGCUCUCGUUGCCACGGGGCGAGGGCUUCCCACAGAGCGGAGACCCUUUGUGGGCGUGGUCACUGAUACGGGCCACCUCCAGCCAGGAGGGCUGUACCUGGACUAUGCUCGCAUCACGUACUACGACGGGGCCGCUUUGCUGAUUCUCAUGGUGCUGGUCGUGGUUGCUGGUGGAAUGGACAACACGGGCCCACAACUCUACGGCAUCAUGGUAUCGCUGUGUUUGGUCACCGUGUCUUGGCUCCUGGCACCGUUCAUCUUCAACCCGUACCAAUUUCGACCAUCGUGCUGGGCGAACGACAUGAAGGCUUGGCUUCAGUUCUUUCUCGAAGACGGUGGCUCUCACUGGAAGAAGUGGUUCACGCAGACUCAGCUGAAGCCACGACGGGGCUUCCGAGCAACUGUUCUCGACCUGGCAUUCUUCAUCGAGCUUUGGUGGGUCGUGGCAUGUUUCUCGUCCCUGAAUGCGCGAACGGCUGUGGUUUGCCAGGUCUCCACUACGUGGCGGCUGUACUACUGGUUCUUGCUGCUUCCCCCGGUCAUCACCCCGCUGCUGUUCUGCGUCCUGGUAUCAGGUUUUGGUGCUGUGGCAAACUGUUGGAUGAGCCGAGCCUCGAAGAGCAGCGAUUCUUCAAGCGAAGAGACCUACGAGGCACUUUCGACCUCUCAAGCAGAGACGGCCUCAAGCUGCCCACGAAGGUGUCCCUUGAUACUGGUGUCCGUCAUUGUCACGGCCUUAACAGUGCUGGAGACCGUUCCCCCCUUGCAGUGGGUUGCAUCCCUGGGCUGGAAAAAGGCCUGUAUGUUGGCCUUCCUGUUGAAGAUGUUCUGGCUCCGACUGUGUGUUGGAUUGGCCAUGACUGCCAUCCGCAGUUGGUGUUUCGAGCGCCUGGGUGCUGUCGGCCGUCCCCUGGAACUCUGGCUGGAUGCGCUUUGCAUGUUCAGAGACUUCCUGGUGUCGCUGAUCAUUUUCCUUGCCUUGUCGCCCCUGGUGUUUCUGUCCGGCCUUUCUGAAUUUCUGUGUCCGACAUUCAGCAUUCACCACCUCAUCAUCUACCGGCAGCCUGGUCACACUGAUCGUGAGAAGCUGGACUACGACCCUUUCGUGGCGCGAAUGUGUUUCGACCACGAUCACGACGAGAGUUCGGAGGAUGAGGACACGGAGAGCAGCCUCUCGUCGGUUUGA